AUGUCGCCACACAAGCUCCCGGAGCAGGAUGGCAAGCGGCAGUGGGUGAUGGGAACCGAGGCCUUUGAGAGGACCAUGCCUCAUCACCAGGGUAUCAAGGCUCUUUGGGAGACCAAGUGGAAAUUUCCGUGCACCAAGAGCGUUUAUCCUUUUCACGAUGGGCAACAUGAAGACUUUGAGCCCAUUUUCGAACACUUGAUCAAGAACAACAUCAAUGACGGAAACUCCACUGCUUACACGGAGGCCUUCUUCCCCAUUGCCGAGUCCCUGACCUCCAAGGGCGAUGAGGCGAUUAUGACGGGUAACAAGAAGGAAGCGAGCGACUUGUACCUCAGAGCCUGCACAGUGUAUCGGAUUGCCCGAUUCCCCUACAUCACGGCAUACCCCGAGAUCAGUUGCCAGGUUAAGUGGAAGGCGUGGGAAGCCCAGAAACGUGCGUACAUGAAGGCGGCUCAAUCCUGGGACUGUCCCAUCGACGAGAUCGACAUCCCGCAUAUCCAUGCCAAGGGCGGGGACUGGAAAUCCAUCCCGGCAUACGUGAGAGCGCCGCAUGGGGCAUCCGAAAGCAACCCCAGUCCGGUAGUUAUCCUCAUGACGGGCCUCGACGGAUACCGCCCCGACAACACCGUUCGCUCUGACGAGUUUCUGGAGCGCGGAUGGGGAAGCGUCAUCGUCGAGAUUCCCGGAACCGCCGACUGCCCCGCCGAUUCGGCCGAUCCGGAGAGCCCUGACCGGCUGUGGAGCAGUGUGCUCGACUGGAUUGCCGCCGAUGGCCGGUUUGACUCGAACAAGGUCAUGGUUUGGGGUCUCAGCUCGGGAGGAUACUAUGCCAUCCGCAUCGCGCACACCCACCGCGAUCGUCUGAUCGGGUCGAUUGCGCAGGGCGCUGGAUGCCAUUACUUCUUUGACCCUGAGUGGCUGGAGAAAGCCGACGGUCACGAGUAUCCGUUCCUUUUGACGCCGGCGAUGGCCAUGAAGCAUGGAUACCAGUCCGUGGAAGAAUAUAAGUCGGGCGUGCAAAAGAAGUUUUCCUUGCUGGAGACUGGCGUCAUUGAACAGCCCUCGACGCGUCUGCUAUUGAUCAACGGUACCCUAGAUGGAUUGAUGCCUAUAGAAGACUCCAUGAUGCUGUUCGAGUACGGUACGCCCAAAGAGGCCAGGUUUUUCUCGGGAGCGUUGCAUAUGGGAUACCCCAUGGCCAACGGGUCGGUUUACCCUUGGAUGGAGAGCGUUAUGUCUAGCAAGAUCUAG